AUGGAUCCCCUGCCCUCAGUGCCGCCAAAACACGCCAACACCUCGUGGUGGAGUGGCCAUGCUAGACCUGGACCUAACUGCCUUUUUAGCAGUGAAGUCUGA